AUGCCUGCUGCUUUUUGCUUUUUCUGCGCUUCUCCAGACAUCUUUCAUGCCCCUCCUGUUACUCGCCUCCAUAAUGGCACCCGGCUCCAUGACCGAUCGGAGAGGGAUGUCUAUGGACUGCUCAUCGAUGCUUACCGCUUACGUGUGGAGGGCAUGUAUAACAUAGAAGGCGAGGCGGACACGGACAGCAUCUACGGCGGCGAUGCUAAUGGACUGCGUGGCUUCCAGCGUUUCCUGGAGCGCGUCGCGCUUUGUCCCGGUCUGCUACCAUCAUGGUGGAAUGCCGCCAAGAAGAGGGACUGCGAAGGACUUGGUAUGAUUCCAGCACAAUGGUACGACCUGGGAAGCGCUGUGGAAAUGAGCGAUAUCAUUGAGAACUACGGCGAUCCCAAAUUUCCGAUGCAGCUUCGCAUGUUCGCCGAGUGA